UCCCCCUCCUCCGCUGAGGCACCCCCACCCCCUGGCCCCGGUAUCUAUCAUUGCAUCCUUGCACGGUGCUGCCGCCAUGGCUUGGCCCUGCAUCAGCCGAGUGUGCUGCCUGGCGCGCUUCUGGAACCAGCUGGACAAGUCGGAUCUGGCCGUGCCGCUCACUAUCCACAAUUACUCCGACAUCGAAGAGGGGGCGGAAGCGGACGGUGGGGACACUUCUCAGCAGCCUCGGAUCCCGGCAGGGGGCAGCACCAGCAGCCGACCCCAGGCCCCUCCGCGGGCAGCCUCUGCCCUGCCGGUAUCCGCGUCCGCCCCCUCGCUGCGGGACAGCUUGGUUGUUGUCAAGAGGCCGUCGAAAAAAAGCGGGGGCAGCCACCGGAAGGAGCCCUUCGCCGCAGAGACUCAGUAUCAGCAGGAUUUCCGAGCGUGGCCGCUGCAGAAGAGGGACGCCCUGCCCUGGCUCGGGGAGUGUCGGAGAGUUGAACCCACGCGGGCGCCUCCCGCUGCGGGCGCCCCCGCCGCCUUUCCCCACACUGACAUCCUGGCAGGGUCUCGCGUGUAUGUGCUGCCGGCGGCUAGGCAGGAGGUGAGCAAUAAGGACGUUGGCUCCAGACAGGUGUGGCCUUCCUCCUCGCCUCCAGGUAUCGCCAGGACAACUUCUUACAGAAAUGAAUAUCGCCCAUGGUCUGCAACAAAACGAUCCAGGCCUACAAAGACAACACAAGGGUUCAUUAUUCCAGAGGAUCACUUUGUGCAAGAAUCUAGCUACAAGGCAGACUUUAAGAUUCCAGAAGUAAAGACGAAGUUUUCUUCAAAUCCUUCUGCUGUUUUCCAGGCACCAUCUCGCAUCCUCAGUAUAUAAAUCUGGAUCAUGCCCAUUUUCCAUUCAACCAGCUUAAGGUUGUGAAAAUGAACAGCUAUGCAACUUUGUAAGUGCUGGUGAGGUAAAAGCAAAGGAUUAUUAAAAGCAGCUACAGUAAUUAUCAGAAUUCAUGCAUCUAUUAUGAAUAUGUAAAUCAUAAACACUUGAAUUUGAAUUGAAGAUAGUCUAACUUACUGGAAAGAAUGACCUAGAUCCAUAGAAAUAUCCUCAUUACCACUAGCCAGACUUGGUUUCCAUUUGAAACACUGACUUUAGUAAGCAAAAACACAGUAUUUUAAGCAGUGUGCUGAUUCUUAAGUAAAAAGUACACCGUAUAAAAUGCAUUAUUAAUUUUCCCUCUCCAUUAUUUCAUGGUCAUUUUACUAAGGGGUCCGUAAAACACUGAGUAGAUUUUGAACUUUGCUGCUUCUUUUCACUCACCUUUAAAUGUAUCUCAUACUGUUGCAGACAUUUUAAUGCCAUGUUAUUGAGAAUCAUUACACUACAGAGAAUCAAGACCACAGAUGUGAGCCUUAUUUUGGGUGUUUGUAAAAGUCAUCAAAGCAUCAUGGGAAUGAAAGUGGAGUUGGGCUGAGUAGCUUCGAUCACUUAUAUUGUGUGCAUCAUUUAGCCACCUCCCCAAGUUAUUUAAAUACAAACACCUAACAGGGAUCAACUCUUUCUAUAGUUUACUUCACUUCACUUCACUUCACUUCACUUCAC